AUGACCAAUGAAUUAGCGGACAUUUUGUUUAUACAAGAGUUAUCAUUCGCAGAUAACAUCAUUCGAUAUCAAUUUCCUCCAUCUAAUUUCAAUCCGUUCAACAGAGCUAUCCGGAAGAUGAUGGUCAUAGUUUGUGUGACAAAGGAUGCAGAGACAACUUUUUUUGUCUGUCGAAAAAUCAUUGUUCACGCGGCUGGUCUCUGUUAUUCUCUUCCAAUAGAAAGGACAGAGGACGUUGGAAUUUCUUUUUUGUCGGAUAGAAAUGAAUUUUAUCAACUGAAGAGCGCGACCUUCCCACAAACGAUAACCGCAUAUACUGCUAUGGCUGACUGUUGUGCAGCACAGUUCUUCAACACAUAA